AUGACGCAAUUGACUAACGACCCCCCGAGCUUCGAUACGCCCGAAGGACAGGCAUUCAUAUCAAGUUGUUUUCGGUGGAAUGACGCAGUACAUCAAAAGACUCCUCGUCGUCUUACUAUCUUUACCACGCUAUCUUUCGAGCGUGGCCGACCUGAGGUACAGGAUAACACCCCAUUCGCCAGGGUGAUGGCACCAUUUGGGACGUUCGAACACAAUUCGCCCCACGCAAAGAUCGCUUCUCAGUUUCAUACCGAUCAGAAUGAUAUUAUACUUCAUAAGACGCGGUGGUCCGCUAUUAUGGGGAACAGUCUGGAGCAGAUACUGAAGGCACAGCGGAUCGACACAGUGGUUAUCUCAGGACUGACUCUUUCUGGUGUUGUGAUCAGCACCGUCUAUCGACUGUUCGACUUGGACUACAACAUCUAUGUGAUCAAGGACAGUGUGGUGGAAUUGCCCGUAGAUGAGACUGCGGUAUCUUCCGAGGUUAUGCUGGGUAUGCUUCUGCCAAAGAUGAACUUAAAAGUGAUCUCCCUCGAUGUGGCUUUGCAAGCAUUGGAAAACUCUCAAGAUAGCAUAUUGGCAUCAAUCAUAUCAAUAUUAAUAACUGCACAAGCGCGCAUACUAGGCCUAGAUUUUGACUUAUCCACCCUUCGAUUCACAAGGGUCCAAGGUAUGAAUAUGGUGUAUCGGGCUCCCGCUCGUGGCAAACGCGAACGUCCCUCGGAAUCCCGCUACCUGGUGUAUCCAAGCCCGCGGCGCGGAUUCUCCACCCGAACCACUCUAUUUGCAUGUCAGGACAUUGUGUGCGAUGCGUGGGUGCUACUACAGUAG